GAGAGCGCGGAGCGGCACCGGGAGAGCGCGGAGCGCGGUGAGGCGGCGGUGGCGGCGGCGGGGAGAAGGAGCGAGCGGUGCUUCCUUGCCCCGCCGGGGCUCGGCUCUCGUCCCCUCCCCGAGGUUUCCGAAGGGGCUUGCGGGGUUCCUCUGUCCUUUGCGAUCCUUCGCCGUACGCCGGAUACAGCUAAAAGCUGAAGCCAUAACGCACCCAUGAGUGAGCAGCACUAGUCGUGUGCGUCCAUGGCCUCUGUGCCAGUAAUUCCAGACUCUUACAACCAUGUCUUGGCAGAGCUGGAGUGUUUGGAUCCGUUGCUUUCUGCACUCAGGUUGGAUUCCAGUCGUCUCAAGUGCACGUGUAUAGAUGUAUCAAAGAGAUGGCUGGCUCUAGGCAGCUCAGGAGGAGGACUGAACCUUAUCCAGAAGGAUGGUUGGAAGCAAAGGCUCUUUCUCACUCACAAGGAAGGUGCCAUUUCCCGGGUGGCCUGUUGUUUGCAUGAUGAAGACUAUGUUGCUGUUGCCACCAGCCAAGGCCUUGUAGUAGUCUGGGAGCUGAAUCAGGAACGUCGUGGGAAGCCAGAACGGAUUUAUGUUUCAUCUGAGCAUAAGGGCAGGAAAGUCACAGCUCUGUGCUGGGAUACAGCUGCCCUUCGAGUUUUUGUAGGAGAUCAUGUGGGAAAAGUAUCAGCCAUCAAGAUUAACACAUCUAAACAAGGGAAGGCUGCUGCUACUUUUGUGAUGUUUCCUGUCCAGAUUAUAACCACUGUAGAUUCUCGGGUGGUUCAGCUUGAUUAUUUGGAUGGAAGACUGCUCAUAUCUUCACUUACCCGCACUUAUUUAUGUGAUACAGAGAGAGAGAAGUUCUGGAAGAUUGGUAAUAAAGAGAGAGAUGGAGAAUUUGGAGCAUGUUUCUUCCCUGUUGGAAAAAACAGUGGGAAUCAGCAGCCAUUAAUAUACUGUGCUCGACCUGGCUCGAGGAUGUGGGAGGUGAACUUUGAUGGGGAAGUGCAAAGCACACAUCAGUUCAAGCAGCUGCUCUCGUCACCACCUCUUCCUGUUGUUACUCUCAGGCAGGAUCCUCAUUAUACUGGUUCCAGCUGCUCACCACAAUCUUUAUCUUUCCCCAAGCUGCUUUAUUUGACUGAGCACUGUGUGGUGACCUGGACAGAAAGAGGCAUUUAUAUUUUUCUUCCCCAAAGCCUUCAAGUGUUACUCUGGAGUGAAGUUAAAGAUAUUCAAGAUAUUGCAGUUCACAAGAGCGAGUUGUUCUGCCUGCAUACAAAUGGCAAAGUUGUGCACCUCUCCCUUCUGCUGGUUGACCGCUGCGUAGAGCGUCUGAUGAGAAGAGGAUUCUGGACCCUCGCUGCCAGGGUCUCUUGUCUCUUCCAGAAUUCAAUUGUUUCUUGCAGAGCAAGAAAAAAUUUGCCUCUAGACAAGCUGAAGCACUUGAAGUCUCAGCUGGAUGCUUCAACCCAGCAAGACCUCAUUGUGCAACUGGAAGAACUGAUUGCAAAGUUGGAACCUUUAGAUUCUGCAUGCAGCAGUAGAAGGAGCAGUAUUUCCUCUCAUGAAAGCUUCAGUGUCUUAGACUCUGGAAUCUACCGUGUUAUCAGUCGAAGGGGCAGUCAGUCAGAUGAAGACUCAUGUUCCCUCCACAGUCAAACAUUCUCAGAAGAUGAGAGACUUAAAGAAUUUCCUGCACACCAUGAAGAUGAACAACUAGAACUUGAGAACGUAUCUCAUGCAUCUGUGGUGGUUGAGGCUGACCGGAAUGAGACAUUUCUCCCAUUCAGUAUCCCUUUGUCAUUCCGUUCCCCAUCUCCUCUCGUCUCUCUCCAAGCUGUCAAAGAAAGUGUUUCCAGCUUUGUACGCAAAACCACGGAAAAGAUUGGCACACUUCAUAUAAGUCCGGAAUCUAGAGGGAAGCAUGAAGCAAAGGAUGAUGAGCAGCUGCCAGAGCUAACUCUUAAUCCAGUAGCAUCUCCCCAGGAAGAAAAAGAGUUAGAACCCCAGAACUGCCAGCUUCCUGAGGAGGACCGUCUGAGAGAUCUCAGGGCUGCAACAGCAGAAACUAUGUAUUCUGAGAGCCCUAGAAGUGAAAGUAGUGUAUGCAUUCCCAGUUUGUCCUUAGUUGGACUGCGCUUGUGCCUGGAGAUUAAUACCUGCAUUUCAUCAGGAUUGAGUAUUUCAGAAAUAACUUGUCACAGUCCAGUGGCUUUAGCAAUGGAAAGUGAAGAUAUGUUGAAAAUACUGAAGCUGCUGCAUGACCUGGGGCCAUGGGAUGACAGCCCACUGUUGCUGGCACAUGCUCAAAGGCUUUAUGAAAAAUUUGGGGAAACAGCUCUUCGGCCAUUGAUCAAGUUCCACCCCUCUAUUUUGCCUUCUGAUAUUAAACAGCUUUGCAGGAAUGAUCCGGCUCACUUUUUAGCAUAUUUAGAUAGUUUGGUGAAAUCAAAGCCAGAGGAUAAAAGGCCAUUUCUCCUUAGGUCUCUUCUGCAGCCGGAAUCUGUGCGGUUGGAUUGGUUGUGCUUGGCAGUUUCUCAUGAUGCUCCACAAAGGGCAAACACUGUGGAUGAGGAAGGAAAUCCCAGGCCACGAUCGCAUUUGUUUACCUGGGGCUACAGCCAGCUCAUUCUGCUCUUGAUUAAACUCCCAGCUGAUUUUGUUAUGAAAGAGAAGAUGGCUGACAUCUGUAAAUCACAUGGAUUUUGGCCUGGAUAUCUUUUUCUCUGUCUGGAGCUGGAUAGAAGAAUAGAAGCCUUUACUAAUAUUGUUCAUUUGGAUGAUUUGAGCCUGUUGAAUGGAGAAGAUGGUUCCAUUCCAGAGACUAUAGAAGAAUGGAAGUUUGUUCUGCAUCUUGCACAGAAUCACAGCACAGCUUCCCACCAGCACAGCCCACAGAAUGGGAAUGCUGUCAGCAAUGGAGGCCCCAGCUGCCCAGACUGCAUCACUGUGGAAAACGUUGCUCUGUUGCUGGCCAAGGCCAUUGGCCCAAAUCGUGCCUUGCCUCUCUUGCAGGAGUGUGGCUUGACACUAGAAUUGUCUGAGAGGUUUACUGGUGUCUGUGAGAUACUGAGAAUUGCUGAGAAAAGGCAGAGAGCGCUGAUUCAGUCCAUGUUGGAAAGGUGUGACCGGUUUUUGUGGUCUCAGCAAGCAUAGAAAGCAGCUUGGGAGAACUCUGGGAACAGUUUAUACUGUAAUGACUGUAUAUUCAAGUGCCUCUUAGAUUUCACAGGCCCUUAAAAAUAACCAACUCCUGUCUGAAAGUUCAGUUAUACUGAGCCAGUCUCCAUCUGGCAGGUAUCUGAUCUGGAAGUAAUUUCUUCCUUAUUCCUUUGGAGAAGACUUUUGAACUGUAGAAUAUAGAUCAAAACAAGCCAGUAUUUAUAUUGAAAUUAAGCUCAUAGAUUUCCAAGAUGAAAAUUGCUGAAUUUAUUUUCUGAGUCUAUAACUUAAGUGUUCAGGGAUAUGAGUCCCUAAGUAUUAAAUUAUGGUGUAUAAUUUU